UGCUUCCAUGUGGUCCUCCUUGGAUAAGCAUAUGAUCUGUACAUUAUCAACUAAUUCUUUACAGCAAAACCUCUCAAUGACGAGCAAGUGAACGUGGUCUCUCAGUUCGGUGAUUGAUAAAAUUCCAUUGGUCCGGCGCAGGUACGGUAAAUGAAAUGAUGACCAAAUGAAUGCAUUUGAGUACCCGCCCGGCGCUCAUUUGAGUACCUGGAAAGGAGUCUUAAUGUCCGUUCAUUUGCAGAUUGGCUGAAGGGGUAACACAAUACAUAUAAGAACCUUCCUCCAUUCAAGCAUCUUUCUCCUGACCCCCACCAAUUCAUCACUACCAACCUCUUCUUCCACACUCUUUCGUUAUGCGUUUCUUUUCCACCCUUGUCGUCCUUGCAACCGCAAGCAUUGGCGCAUUUGCCGCCUCUUCCGAUGAUCACACAAACGCCCCAGGAUUCAAGAAUGUGAUCAAGCCCAAAUUCCCAUUGCGUAUCUUGUUAUCAAACGAUGAUUCAUGGGCCUCAUCAAACAUUCGUUCGACAUACUAUGCACUCAAGACCGCAGGACAUAAAGUCUUAAUGGUCGCUCCUGUCGUGAACCAAUCGGGAAAGGGUGGUACAGUCGUUUUGCCGGGCGUCCCUACUUUGACUACCCCAGGUCGUGAUAACUCUGUUGCAGCUGGUGCUCCAUACCAUGGUGCCGAGCCAUUCGAUGCAGGUAUCACUUACGUCAAUGCGACACCCGGUGGUUCAGUCUUGUACGGUUUGGACCAAGUCGCUCCUAGCUUCAAAGACUUUGACGGAGAGGCACCUCAAUUGACCGUUUCAGGACCAAACGAAGGUACGAAUUUGGGACCAUUUUUGUACACUUUGAGUGGUACAAUUGGUGCUUCUUACAUUUCCACCGAACGUGGAAUUCCAGGUAUCGCAUUCAGUGCUUCAACAACCCCGCGUGAUUACCAUGCAGUUGAUUGGAACAACCCAUCCGAUGAAAGUGUCAUCGUGGGUACCUAUACUGCAAACUUGGUCUCUGCUUUAACAUACGCUUUAGACCAAAAUGCUGAUCCGAUCAUCCCAUACGGUAUCGGAGGUAAUGUGAACUAUGGCAAGAAUGUUACUGAUCCCAAAACAUGCCCCCAUCCAAAUUGGCAAUUGACUCGUUUGACUGGAGGUGCAUACGUUGACAAGAUUGUUAUUGGUUCAAACGGUUUACCAACUUAUCAAAACAUCGUUUCUCCCGGUUUGAAUCAAUGCUACAAUGGAGAUUGCAAUUUGACCGGUGAACAAGAUGCAAUCAACAAGGACAAUUGUGCUGCUACCGUCAGUGUCUAUUCAGUGGAUUAUGAUGCUCCCACCUCCGCUUUCACAAAAGCUAAACCACAAUUCCAACAAACCCUUCAACGUUUGAGCAACCAAAAACCAUCUAAGCGUCAAAUGCUCUCUCGUGAAGCUUAAGUGUUUGUAAUUGUUACAUACUCUGUCAAAUUUAUUAAUUGAUCGUUG